AUGCCCGCCCAAGGAAAGCAUGCCCUCAUAUUCGGUGCCUCCGGUAUCUCCGGCUGGUCCCUAAUGAAACAAUGCCUCUCUUACCCAACACCCACGACUUUCUCUCGCGUCACAGGGCUCUGCAAUCGCCCGGUUGACAAGAAGAAGUUGUUUCUUCCCGAUGACCCUCGGCUGGAUAUUGUCUCAGGAAUCGACCUAACCGCACCCGUCGAGACAGUCGUGUCGGGGCUGCAGAGAAAGGUCCCCAGCGUCCAAGACGUGGACGUUGUUUUCUUCUCUGCAUACAUCCAAACCAACGACCACGAUUCUCUGCUGCAGGUCAACACCGCACUACUAAAAACCGCCGUGCAGGCCAUAACAACCGCCUCAAAGAAAGUUUCAACCAUUGUCCUCCAAACAGGCGGAAAGGCCUACGGUGUCGAAUUCCCCGAUAAACUAGCCCUAAAGCCGCCUUUCCACGAAGACAUCCCGCGCAUUCCCGAGCCGUACCGCAGCAAGAUCUUCUAUUAUGCCCAGUACGAUCUCCUCAAGGAACUGUCCCAGGAGCCCGGGUGUACCUGGACAUUCACGGAGAUCCGCCCCGAUGGUAUCGUGGGGUUUGCGCCUGGAAGCAAUGCCAUGAAUAUGGGACAGGGGAUCGCGCUGUACCUUUCCAUAUACAGGGCGGUGUUUGGGAAGGGUGCAACGGUGCCGUUCCCGGGGCAGAAACAUGGGUAUCAUGCGACGCAUAUGGAUACGUUCCAAGACCUUUUGAGUAGGUUGGAGAUCUACGUCGCGGUUAAUCCCGACAAAUGUGGCAACGGCAGUGUGUUUAAUGCCGCGGAUGGUGAGGUUGUGACCUGGGCGGGCGUUUGGCCGGGGAUCUGCGAUUAUUUUGGUCUUGUGGGUGUUGAGCCCCAGGAGGAUAAAGUGCAGGAUAAGGAGAGUAUGGAGCGGUUUGUGAAGGGGCACAUGAAGGAGUGGCAGGGUCUUGUUGAUAAGCAUGGUCUGAAGAAGGGCAGUAUCGAGAGCCAGAAUUGGGGUCAUACACGUUUUAUGCUGGUUGAUUUCGAUUUUCACCGAGAGUUCUCGAUGGAGAAAGCGAGAGCAGUUGGUUUCGACGAGACGAUUGAUACGGUGAAGGGGUAUAAGCUCGCUUUCGACCGAAUGAUUGAGGCCCGUGUGAUCCCGGGGGUUUAG